CAUACAGUGUAUGAUCAGACUUCGCAAACAGAACGACAGAGUGACUGUCCGAAACUGUAGUCAACAUGGCCGACACCGAGUCCUCGCCAUAUGAUCCAAAGUCUCUCAAUGACGUUUCCGGACUUGUUGCCGUAGUCACCGGGGGAGGUACUGGUCUCGGUUUGAUCAUCGCCAAAACUCUUGAGAGCCAAGGCGCAAAGGUCUACAUCACCGGUCGCAGACAGGAGAAACUCGAUGAAGCCGCAAAACAAGCUACUCAUGGUGGUAUCAUACCGAUACAAGGGAGUACUACGUCCCGUGAAGAUGUGCAACGAGCAGUGAAUUUCGUGACCAAGGAGACUGGAUACAUCGAUCUUCUGGUCUGCAAUGCAGGUCAAACAACCUUUGACUCCAGUCCGGAUGCGAGGCCAAAGCCCACUGGAGAGUCUUCCGUCCAGGAAAUUCGCGACUACUACUUCAAUUAUCGACCACAAGAGCUUUGGCGAGAUACCUUGGAGACGAAUGUCGCUGCAGUAUUCACCACAACAAUGGCAUUCCUAGAAUUGCUCGACGCUGGCAACAAGCGUCGAGAUGCUUCGAAGCCCACCAGUCAAGUGAUCGCCAUCGGAAGUGUUGGUGGCUUGACCAGAGCCACAGACUCUUUCAUCUACAACGCCAGCAAGGCGGCAGUUCAUCAUUUGAUGAAGAACUUGGGCAAUUUUCUCGUGCCUCAUGAUAUUCGAACGAAUGUCAUCGCGCCAGGUUGGUUCCCAACAGAUAUGACAACCAGCGUUGUAAAAUCGUGGGAGCAUACGAAUGGCGUGUUGCCUAGGGCUCUGGUUCCGAGACAAAGAAUGGGUGUUGAAGAAGAGUUCGCUGGUACCCUACUGUACUUGGUCAGCAGAGCUGGAGGCUACUGUAAUGGAAAUGUCAUGGUCAUCGAUGGAGGUUUCCUAGCAAAUCACGCAGGAACCUACUAAAGUUCCACAAGGUAGUCCUGACAAUGAAAGUCGCUGAAGCAG